CUAUUAGAACGGGUUCAAACAGACGCUGGUUCAUCGACCUUUUCAGUUGUGAUCAGUUAUAGAGACGGACAGGAAUUCACCACCGUCAACACUGCACUCUUCUUUGUUCUCGUGUGGUUACACAACCAGACUCAAUUCGAUGUCGCCCGCUGGAUCCAUGAGUCCACCAGACUGGUCGUCGCCUCCCACAUCAUCCGCGAAGACGCCCAUCGCAUCAAUUGUGAAUGUGCCACAAGUGGUGACAAGGACAAAACACCGUCCUCCCCAGUUCGGCGUUCAGUUAAAUGUUGUACACAUCGCCCAUUGUGAGAGGGCUCAGAUUGUCCUCGAUCAACAGCAACUCGCGUGGGGAACAAUUUAUGAACUGGCACGAGGCGUCACUCGUGGGAUGUGGACCUUCGAAGAUAUGACGGAACAUCGUUUGCGUAAACUCAAGGGUUCAAAUGCGCAAGCUGCAUGGCAAGUGGCUGCCGUCAUGCAAGACAAAAUGGGGCCGCCAUCUGCGAUGAGAGCACCGCCGGAAAUUUGGGUUGAAUACGAUCGGGAGCAGCUUGCGAUUGUUGAAAACCAAGGCCGCGGCCUGGGAACUAUGGGUGACUGGGAGGGAAAAGAGAAUUGGUACGGAGGCAAGAUCCAGCAAGUUGCCCGUAUUGUGAAAGUUUGCAAUUCGUAUAAAUUCGAGCUCGAAAAACCUGAGAUUCGGCGGUCGCAUCGAUUCGCUCGGUUUUUGGGGUCUCGACGCAUCCUCCAAGUCCGCAUUCCGGACAGCCUGGCAUAUGACACAAAAGUUCGCGAAUUUCUGGAAUCCAGCAAAUUUGUGUUGUGUGGUCGCGUCUUCGUACCAUUUCAUGCGAAGGAUGGGAGUGCCUACCUUUUUGAAACCAACGAAAACAUAGAUCGGGACAGUAACCCUGGCGAUGGCGAUGGUCACCGACUAACGCUUUACGAAUUUGUACAGUGGCAUAAUCCACUGAGGUUGAAUUCAAAACAGCCUAUCAGUAAAUGGUCUACCCGAUGGACGCUCGGCCUAUCAACCUCGGUACCAACAAUCCAUUUUGCUCCCGAGAAUAUAUUCUUCAUUGGGGAUCAACAUGCUAUGGACUGGGGCGAGGGAAAUCUUCCAGCUGAAAAAAUUCUAACUGAUGGGUGUGGGUUCAUCAAUGGUGCAGCCUUGACUGCCAUCAUGCGAGUAAUACAAUACCCGAGUCGACCAACAGCCGUGCAGGGACGUAUCGCUGGUGCCAAGGGAAUGUGGGUUCUGCACCCAGAUCCUGAGUAUCAAGCCGCCGAUGGACCACCAAAGAUCUGGAUACGUAACUCGCAAAACAAAAUCAAUUGCGGGCCGUUGCACAAAGUUGACGCCGCCCACAGAAUUUUCGACCUCGUUGCGCCGGCUCGUGUAACUGGACAGAGCCGUUUAUCCAGGGAUACUCUGGUAAAUUUAGCUCACAAUGGCGUCCCUACUGGUAUAUUGAAGGAACUCAUGGCUGAUGGGCUGCACAAUGAAGUUCGCCAGCUCACUGAAUGGAAUGGCCCCGAUUCAAUGCUCAUAGUUUGGCGAGCUGUUGAGCGUGCUGGCCGUGUUGUGAUAUGCAGGCUACGGCGGCGCAUUGCUGGCCAGGCGCGUGCACUUGGCCUUGGCGAACUCCGGCCCAACGACAAGCUGGGUGACGAGAAUGAUGAUGGCGAUGAUGUCGUAUCGGACCAGCCACCGACUGCUUCGAGUCCCCGAAGUCGCCAUCCCCAUAGCGGCCAACCAACCACUCUGCAUGAAUCUGCACUCGAGCUUCUCCAGGCAGGGUUUCACCCCUUGAAGCUCGAGCCACUCUUUCGUAAGCUCCAAAGCGUGGUGACGCUAGUGCUGGACGAUUAUAUAGAAAAGUGUCAUAUCCCAGUCAAGGAAUCCCUUGAGGCCUACAUCAUACCAGAUCCAUAUGGGGUCCUUGAGGAGGGCCAAAUCCAUUUUCGGUCGUCGCAACCCAUCGUCGACCCUGAAAGCGGAACCCAUAUGGAUAUCGUAAUAGGAUCUGUUUUGGUGUGGAGGAAUCCCACGAGACUACCCUCGGACGUCCAGAAGGUCACUGCCGUCAAUCACCCAAAGUUGGCAAGUUACUUCGACGUCAUUAUCUUUUCGGUGAAAGGAGAACGUUCACUGGCGAGCUACUUGGGUGGUGGAGAUUAUGAUGGAGAUACUGUCGUGUUGACCUGGUCCAAAAACCUCGUUGAGAACUUUAACACCACUCCGCUUUGUGAAGAACCCGUGGAUCUGAGGAACGACUUUGAGCGAGAGGUCGAACACCUUGUUGAUUUUGACCAACGAGUAUCCAAGCUCUCAGACAAAGAGGCUCAAACAGCUUUUCAAAAAGUUUUACUGCUCGGGCUUGCGGACACGAAGCGCGGACUAUAUUCUCAUUUCCAUGACGCAGCUGUGUAUUAUUAUGGCUAUCCAAGUGCAACAGCCGUUCGACUGGCAUAUAUGUUUACGACGUGCCUGGAUGCAAGUAAGACCGGACUACGGGUCAAACACCAUGUUUUCGAGGCACACAAAAAACGGUACGGGAGCCUAAAGCCAUAUUACAAAGUGGCAGCUCUUAAAAAUAGCGGCUCUCGCAAAGAAGACCUACCGUUAUUGAAGCGAAAGGCAUCAUCGCCUUUCAUUCUCGAUGACCUUGUGGAUGAAGGCAAUCGCCUCCGCGACAAGUUUGUCGAGAAGUACUCGAGCCUCCGAACUUCUUCGACCCCUGUGACGGACGCCCAUCUCACCUCUCCUUACAUAUCUGCAUCUCGCAGGGCAACACAAGCGGUGCAUGCCGGUUUCCAAGGAUUGCAGGUCAACCUAACUGUUGCCAAAAAGCAGGUCGACAAAGCAUACAAAGACUGGCUAGGUGCCAUUGCGAUGCAGAAAUGUGCUUCAAGCGUCAGGGGUUCUCCUGAUCCCAAGGAACAACAGAUCCAAAAGGCUGCGCAAUAUUUCGCGCAGCGGCCGUUAUCCCAAGACGUUCUCUUUUUUUCCGAGGAGGAACUCAAGACUAUCAUGGCAUCGUAUGCUUACACUCUCAACCAGUCGUUCGGAUUCUCUGUUGCCUUCGCAGAGCUUUGCGCCAUCAAAGCGCGAGUACAAGGUGGAAUCGUUUUCGAGGAUAAGUUUGCACAAGUUAUGAACAUACCUAACAACGUCCUGCGAGCACUUUCGCUAGCACAGGAUGAUGUAGAUGAUUGAGGUUUCAAUAUUUUUCAUGACAUGAUACUUGGUCAUUCAGUACAUCGGCGUAUCUCAUCGAAUGUCUUAUUUGCAUCCCAACAAUCUUCGGUACUUGCUGCCUGCUUGCGGUCU